GCGCACCUUAGGCGACCCGAACAGAGCUGAGCCCAGUCCUGCUCUUCCAAGCUGUUCGCCAUGGUGGACGAGCUGGUGCUCCUGCUGCACGCGCUCCUGAUGCGGCACCGCGCCCUGAGCAUCGAGAACAGCCAGCUCAUGGAACAGCUGCGGCUGCUGGUGUGCGAGAGGGCCACCCUGCUGCGCCAGGUACGUCCGCCGAGCUGUCCGGUGCCCUUCCCCGAAACGUUUAACGGCGAGAGUUCCCGUCUCCCCGAGUUUAUCGUGCAGACGGCGUCUUACAUGCUUGUCAACGAGAACCGGUUCUGCAACGACGCCAUGAAGGUGGCCUUCCUGAUCAGCCUGCUCACCGGGGAAGCCGAGGAGUGGGUGGUGCCCUACAUCGAGAUGGAUAGCCCCAUCCUGAGUGAUUACCGGGCCUUUCUUGAUGAGAUGAAACAGUGUUUUGGCUGGGACGACGACGAAGAAGUCAACGGUGAUGACGAAGAGGAGGAUGAUUACUAGGCCCGGAGACCCUCGGGCCUCCAAGGGGGAGGGCCCCUCACGCCGCCACCUCCCCCCAGCCCCGCCCUGAGCAGUCGUGUACCCCCUAGCCCUCGGAUCUUCUACCCUACCCCUGCCCUCUGGUUCUCUCCGUCAUCCCCAGAGUGCUUGUCUUUGUUCCAGGAAUUGUGCUCCAGUUAGUUACCUGCUGCUGGGGCUGGGGGUUCGCUCUGAAGCGCGCUCUCACCCACUCUGGCCAGCCCCAGGAUGCACCCCUGCUAAUUUGGACUGUGUCCUGAGCCCCAGUUAUAGGGCAGGUCCCUGUUACAAACUGGUCAGACUAUGCACAGCCCUGCCAACUGCCAGGCCUACAUCUGCCCAGAGACUUCAGCUGCCACUACACCACCGUCCACCACACUUCAGCGACAGACCGCCGCCUUUGGAGCUAAGGACCAACCUAGAAAAAUGCCUGAGUUGGCUCCACCUCCUUGGACAUUUAUUUGGACAGAUCGCCUAGCCCUGAAGGGGCCACUCUUUCAACCUACUUAGUUCCUUAUCUAUUUCCAGAGCUCUCCCGUGCUUGCUGCAGAGGCCUAGUGUGCUUGGCAGCUAAAUCGUAGACAUUGCUUUUCUCCUAUGCACCAGUUUUGCACAGCUGUCAUUUUUCCUUUAAAAAUUGCAGCAGUCCCACAGAUGUGCGCAUUUGGACAAAAGCACUAAAAAACAAACCAAAACAGGCACUUAGCCCAGCUUCUCACUACUACCUGGAAAAAGCAUUUGGCGUUCUUUUCAAUAAAUAUC